CUGGCCGGCUGUGUGUUGGGUGACCUGUUGACUGUGUGUGAUGUUAGGGUCAAAGGGCACACACUAUAGCUGCGCAUGGCCUCGGUGCUCAUCUCCGUUGCAUUGCCCCUUGAGCCUGUGGGGGGCCAGCGUGAUAUUGUGUCCCUGGCUGCCCCCAGUGGUUUCCAGCACGGGAGGCGAAAAACCACAGCGGAGGGCAGAGACACACCACCAGCCGCUGGAGGCACAAACAUGGCAGAGGAGAGUAAGGCACCAGAAGCAGCAGGCAGCAGAGUCAGGGUGAUCAAGCUGGAGGCCCUGAAGUCACCAUCAUCAUCAGGAGACACAAACAUGGCGGAGGGCAGACACACACCACCAGCUGCUGGAGGCACAAACAUGGCAGAGGAGAGAAAGGCACCAGCAGCAGCAAGCAGCAGAAUCAGAGUCAUCAAGAUGGAGUCCCUGAAGACACCAUCAGCAUCAGGAGACACAAACAUGGCAGAGGAGAGAAAGGCACCAGCAGCAGCAAGCAGCAGAAUCAGAGUCAUCAAGAUGAAGUCCCUGAAGACACCAUCAGCAUCAGGAGACACAAACAUGGCAGAGGAGAGAAAGACACCACCAGCAGGAGGCAGCAAAGUCAGGGUGAUCGAGCUGGAGGCCCUGAAGACACCAUCAGCAUCAGGAGAGACAAUUGUGGUGAGGGCCAGAGACAUACCGGCGGGAGAGUAUGCAAUCAGGCUGGCCAGAAUAACAAAGGAAGACACAGCCAUUGCAAAGGAGAGAGAGCCAUCACCACCACCACCACCAGAAGCCCCCCGCCGACGUAGAAAAAAGAACUGGACAGACGCAGAAGCGCUCCUUCUUGUACAGCUGUACUCGGAGCAUUAUGCAGCGCUGUGUAGGGAGCGUGGCAGCGUGCCACAGCACUCCACCCCUGGGAAGAGGAAGGCCUGGCACGACAUUGCCUGCCACCUGAGGGAGGCUUUUCCUGGGACACUGAGGACCGUGAGGGAUUGCCAGAAGAAGUGGUUCCAAUUGAAGGGUGCUGCCAAGCAUCAGAUCUGGGCCCACCAUCAAGCCCUUGAAUAUUCAGGCGACGGACCUCCCCCUCCUCCCCUCAGUCAGAUUGAAAGCUUGAUUGCCGACACAAUAAACAAUAAGCCUGAGCCCAGCGGCUGCCACGAUGGGCUUGCCCUACCGCCUUCCAACAAGGGGGCACCACCACAGCCUGCAUGCCCUCAAGUCACAAGCAGUCAGCAGGAGGACACAGCAGUGAUGCCCAAACAGCCUGCAACAUCACCCCCACAGCCUGCAACAUCACCCCCACAGCCUGCAACAUCGCCCCCACAGCCUGCAACAUCACCCCCACAGCCUGCAACAUCACCACCACAGCCUGCAACAUCACCACCACAGCCUGCAACAUCACCACCACAGCCUGCAACAUCACCACCACAGCCUGCAACAUCACCACCACAGCCUGCAGUAUCAUCCCCACAGCCUGCAACAUCACCCCCACAGCCUGCAAAAUCACCCCCACAUCCUGCAACAUCACCCCCACAGCCUGCAUCAUCACCCCCACAGCCUGCAGCAUCACCCCCACAGCCUGCAGCAUCACCCCCACAGCCUGCAGCAUCACCCCCACAGCCUUCAACAUCACCCCCACAACAGCCUGGAACCUACAUCCUCAGCCCCCUCGACUGCCCUAAGCCUGCCACACGGCCUAAGCCCUCCCGCCAUUGCCCAGUGGAGGAAGAAGAGGAACAUCAGAGGAAGAAGAGGAGACUCGAGCUUCAGUGGUUGGAAAUGCAGAUUGAAACUGAGUUGGCCAAAGAGAAGGCGGAGAGAGCUAGGGCAUCAGCAGAGAGGACCAGAGCAAAGGCAGAGUACCAGCGAGUGUUGUUAUAUAAGGCACAGAUUGCAGCGCUGAAGAGAAGAAAGGAAAACUGAGGAUAUGUAUUAGUUGAAGGGAUGACUUGCAGAAACUAGUAAAGAGAGAAACAGCAAGGAAAGCAUCUCAUUACACAGUGCCUCUUUUGUUACAGCAAGUGAUGUUAUAUAAGGCACAGAAUGCAGUGUUAAAGAGAAGAAAGGAAAACUGAGGAUAUGAAUUGGUUGAAGGGAUGAAUUGCAGAAAUUAGUAAAGAAAAUGACAGCAAGGAAGGCAUCUCAUUACCCAGUGCCUCUUAUGGUACAGUAAGUGUUGUUAUAUAAGGCACAGAAUGCAGCACUAAAGAGAAGAAAGGAAAACUGAGGAUAUGUAUUGGUUGACGUAAAGCAUCUCAUUAUCCAAGGCCUCUUAUGGUAAAGCAAGUGUUAUUGUAUAAGGCACAGAUUGCAGUGCUGAAGAGGAGUAAGGAAAACUGUGACUGUUAUGUUAAGGGACAACUUGUGGAGAUUAGUAAAGGAAAUAUAUGCCAA